UCUACUGCUAAGCGCGUGUUGUCUCCGUUCUUCGACGUCAUACUCGAGAGUUCAGUGCGGAAACGAGCCGAAGAAAUGGCGGAUCGAGAGGUCCAGAGUCGGGUUUCUUCGGGUGAGAUACGAAUCCGAAACGAAAAAAACGAAGAAAUUAUUAUACCAGAAGCUCAGUUAAAUAAAGUCAUGAACAGGAAUUUGGAACUUCUCAUUAAAUAUUGUGAAAAUUCGAAAGUACUGUUUAUGCCUUAUCCAAUCCAGAUUAUCAAAUUAUUCGUUACUUAUGUACAGAUGGACUAUCCCGGAUUGACCUGUAUUACGCAAGCGUUCGAUCUGUAUCAUCUGAGUUCAAGAUACGAGUUAGUUGAUUUAAGAAGGAAAUGCAGAUCAUUUAUCAUUCAGCAAAUAAACCUGGAUACCGUCUUUGCAAUCCACGAUUUUGCACGUCAGAUCGGUGAUCUGGUCAUACCUUAUUAUUGCUGGCUAGCUUUCGACCAACUAGGAGAAAGACUAUUUACAACAGUCACCUUUAUGUGCUGUAAAAUUGCAACAAUUGAUAGACUGUUAUCUCGAGCGAUAUAUGAAUCAGUCAGUGAGUUGCGUUUACUCGGAGCCGUGUAUCAGUGGAGCAUAAAUGAAGUUAAAAAAAAAAUUGGGUUUCUUCGGGUGAGAUACGAAUCCGAAACGAAAAAAACGAAGAAAUUAUUAUACCAGAAGCUCAGUUAA